CCUGACCAUGACCUGCUUCCAUUCCCCCCCUCACCCUGUCGAGUUAGGUCGCCAUGAUGAGCGGCCAAGUCGAUGCGCUUUAUAUUUACGAUGAGCAAAUCACCCCGAUUGUUGAGCAGGUCUACCGCUCCCGUCCGCCCUCCGCACCAGCAAUCCGUUCGCUCUUCCUAGCUCAUCCUGCCCCUCGCCCCUCGGUCUUGUAUUUGCCCAAUGCGAUUCCGCCGGUGACUGUCUUCUCUAUCGUCCAGUCGAACCUCACCUUCCUUGCCGUUUCCGAGGUCGACUCGGAACCGCUGCUGAUGCUAGAGUUCCUACAUCGGGUCGUCGAUGUCCUCGAGGAAUUUGUUGGCGCGCCGCUGCUUUCAACCAAGCUUCAGGCCAACUACGAUGUCGUCGCGCAGCUACUACACGAGAUGUGCGAUGGUGGCAUCGUGUGCAACACCGAGCCCAAUAUGCUGCAGGAGGUAGUGGAGAUGCCAGGAUGGAUGGGGAAACUGUUAGGCGGGGUCGGGUUGGCUGGGUCAUCCACGCCAAUUCUUGGCCAGCCCAACGCAUUGAAGCAGUCUUUAUCGUCCGCCGCAGUAGCACAAGGCCCCGCAAUACCUUGGCGCAAAUCUGGAGUUCGUCAUACCUCCAACGAGAUCUAUGUUGACAUUAUCGAGUCGCUGUCAGUUACCAUUGCCCCAUCCGGUCGCUUGCUAUCGGCUUUCGCGUCCGGCACCAUCGCUUUCACCGCCAAAGUCUCCGGUGUACCCGAUCUCCUUCUUUCAUUGAGCGCACCCGGUGGCCAGAAAGUCUUGGGACGAAAGUUGGAGCUUCCUGUCUUCCAUCCUUGCGUGCGACUGGCACGAUGGCGGGAACGGCCGGGGGAGCUCAGUUUCGUUCCACCGGACGGACGGUUUAUUCUCGCCGGAUAUGAGGUAGAUCUUCUACCACUUGAUCCCAACCUUGAUCAACCGCCAACACACAUGGAGAAGCUCUUUCUUCCGGCGAUUGUGGAUGUUCGGAAGUCCCUCGGCCCAACAGGUGCCGAGUUUGAAGUGCGCCUGAUUCUCAACACCAAUUUCCCCGGCUACACAUCCGCCAAUCGACCCGGAGUUGGGCGCAGCGGCUCUGGGUCAUCGACGCCUUCAUUCCUGGGGGGAGGCGGCAACUCAACGUCACCUGUGUUGGAAGAGGUCGUGGUUACAGUGCCCAUUCCCAAGUCGGUCCGAAAUAUUACAGAGAUGCAAGCCAGCCGCGGAGAGGCGCUGUACUCUCCGGGCAACGAUGUGCUCGAAUGGCGCAUCCCAACCAAAGACGCCGGUACGGUGUCCGGCACCGCGACCCUGCGGUGCACCGUGAUGGGCCACCACGAUGACGACGAUGUUGAAGACGAGUUGGAAGAUGCAGAUGCCAAUCUCCUGCAAGGUUACUACGACCCAGCCACUGCAUAUCCAGACCCCGAACGGGGGACCACAAAACGGAAGACCAAGAAAAAGAAGAAGAAGAAGGUCGUUAAGAAGUCCUCUCGGGCUGCUACUGCGGCUGCGGCUGCCGGCGCGGUAGGAGAGGCAGAAGCGUCCGCAUCCCCUGCCGCAGACCCCAACAACCCCCUCGAAGCCGACCAAACGCAAUCCUACCCUCCCUCCGACCCCUCCGAACCACCAGCUCCCGCUCAAGCUCCCUUCGAAUCCUCAUCAUCUCCAACCCUCCUCCCCGAAGGCGAAACGCAACAUCUUACCCCAGAGCCUGCCCCGGAAUCCGCAUCCUACAGCGCCCGCCCGCAAAAGUCGCGAUCACCACGCCCGUCCAAACCCUCCAAGGACGCCCACGGCCAGCCCGGGCCGGAACACAGCAUCUUCCACACCGCGCCUCGCAAAACCAAAUCCCAACUCAACGCCAUCCUCAUGCCCACCUCCGCCUCGGUGUCCUUCUCCGUGCGCGGCUGGCUCCCCUCAGGCAUCAAAGUCGACAGCCUGAACAUCGACCCCCGCAAGAGUCGCGGACUCGGGGAGGGCGUCAAGCCCUACAAGGGGGUGAAGUACCUCUGUGUGAGUCAAAAAGGCGUGGAAAGAAGGUGUUAAAGCGGGGAAAGUCCAAGGGUGACUGACCCCUCCCUGGUGGACCAUAUAAGUGCCCGGCAUUUUCAGUUUCCCCUUUACAUCUGGAUGAAAUUUUUCUAGUUAGCUUUUUGUCACUACCAUCAGUUUCCUUGUAUACGGUUUGGGUGCCAUGAUCUAUCUAUCUGCUCAAAAUCUUUUUUUCUUCUUGCUUAUUUCUGUUCCCCAUUCCCUCCUCCUCCAUUUCUUUCCUUAUAUCUCUCACUCUCUGGCUCCUAGACCGACGAUUUGCUUCAAACUCAGGUCACUAUUUGAUUUGACCUGUCGUGCAUUUUGACAUGGGCUAAGAUGCAAUGUGACAUGCGACGAUGAUACUAGACAAUAACUUUUCCACCUCACCCCAAGCAUAUACACAUGUCGCAAUUGUCCUACUUUUCGAGGCGAGGCAGUGAGUGAGAUUAAAAGCCUUC